AUGCUCCUCUCACGCGUCUUCAAGUCGGAGAGGAUCGUGCUCUCGGCUGACCGCCUCACCACCGCCAGCUCCAAGGGCUACCGCAUGGUGCGUGCCACACACGGCGUCGCGGUCGGAGCAUGGUACUUCAAGGUCAAGGUCCUGCACCUAGGCCGCACCGGCCACACCCACCUCGGGUGGGCGACCAACAUGGCGGACAUCGACAUGCCCGUCGGUUGUGGCGCGUAUGGCUUUGGGUACCGUGACACUGAUGGCACAAAGGUGCACAUGUCCUAG